UCACUCGCCGCCACUGUCCACCACAUCCACAUUCCAACCAUGGCCCUGUUUCUGCAGCUACUGCCUCUGCUGCUCUCGAGGGCCCAAGGGGACUUAGGAGCUUCUCUGGACGGUCGCCCUGGGGAUCGGGUGAAUCUCUCCUGCGUAGGGGUCUCACACCCCAUCCGCUGGGCCUGGGCGCCUAGCUUCCCCGCCUGCAAGGGCCUGUCCAAAGGACGCCGCCCGAUCCUGUGGGCCUCGACGAGCGGGAUCCCCACCGUGCCUCCGCUCCAGCUCUUCGCUGGCCGCCUACGCUCCCUGGACCCUGGUAUCCGACGGCUGGAGCUCCUUUUGAGCGCGGGGGAUUCGGGCACCUUUUUCUGCAGAGGCCGCCACGAGGACGAGAGCCGUACGGUGCUUCACGUGCUGGGGGACAGGGCCGAUUGCCGGGUCCCAGAGUCUACCCACGGGUCCGUGUAUCCCCAGGUGCUGAUCCCACUGUUGGGCGCUGGGAUGCUGCUGGGACUGGGAGCUUUGGGCGUGGUCUGGUGGCUGCGCAGGCGCUCGCCCCCGCCCCCGCUUCGACCACCGCCCAGAUUUGCUCUGUCCCCCCCAAAUAGUUCCACUGGUGAAACUCGAGCCCCAGAGGCCAGUAAAAGAGGAGGAGCCCAAGAUUCCAGAGGACCUGGAUCAAGAACCGAACCUACUCUAUGCGGAUCUGGACUAUAUGGCCCUCCAAAGACCUCGCCGGCUGUCCACAGUGGUGCCUGCUGAUGCCAAUACUAUCUAUGCAGUUGUAGUUUGA